AUGGGCAACUGGGUAGAGAAUGAGGGACUCUCCAUAUUUGUCAUUCUAGUAUGGCUGGGUUUAAAUGUUUUCCUCUUUUGGUGGUAUUACUUAGUAUAUGCUCGAGGGCCGACUUUCUACUAUACAAGAGAACUUCUUGGGCCUUAUUUGGCAUUGGCCCGGGCACCUGCAGCAUGUCUGAAUUUCAACUGCCUGUUAAUUCUGCUUCCUGUCUGUAGAAAUCUGCUUUCCUUUCUCAGAGGUUCAAGCGCAUGUUGCUCAGUGCGUGUCAGAAGACAGUUGGACAGAAAUCUCACAUUUCACAAACUGGUGGCCUGGAUGAUUGCACUACAUACUGCAAUCCAUACAAUUGCACAUUUAUUUAAUGUUGAAAGAUUGGUGGAUGCACGCACUGAAGAAAACGGAAGCAUUAAGGCUGUACUGUCUGAUCUAGGUGAUCACUCAGGCGAAACUUAUCUGAAUUUUGCCAGAAAAAAACUUUCGAACCCUGUCGGUGGCCUCUAUGUGGCAUUUACAACCUUGGCUGGCCUCAGUGGCGUUAUCAUUACACUGUGUCUAAUACUAAUUAUCACAUCAUCCACCAAAACCAUUCGCAGAUCAUAUUUUGAAGUAUUCUGGUUUACUCACCAUCUCUUUGUUAUUUUUUUUGCUGGUCUUGUCAUCCAUGGAUUCGGAAGAAUCGUUCGUGGGCAGACCAGUAAGAGCUUAAAAGACCAUGAUCCAGAAAAUUGUGCCACAAAUUACACAGUCUGGGGGGAAUUAUCUUCAUGUCCUAAACCACAGUUUGCUGGAAAUCCUCCCAUGACAUGGAAAUGGGUCGUUGGCCCUAUGAUUCUGUAUGUUUGUGAGAGACUGGUGAGGUUUUGGCGCUCACAGCAAAAAGUGGUUGUUACAAAGGUUGUCACACAUCCUUUCCAAACCUUUGAGCUCCAGAUGAAAAAGAAAGGCUUUAAGAUGGAAGUUGGACAGUACAUUUUUGUCAAAUGUCCUGAAGUGUCGGUACUGGAAUGGCAUCCUUUCACAUUGACUUCGGCCCCUGAAGAAGAUUAUUUCAGCAUUCACAUACGUGUUGUAGGGGACUGGACAGAAGGUUUGUUUAAAGCAUGUGGCUGUGACAAAGAACAACUCCAAGAAGCUUGGAAACUUCCUAAGAUAGCUGUAGAUGGUCCCUUUGGUACUGCUAGUGAAGAUGUGUUCAGUUAUGAAACUGUGAUGCUUGUUGGAGCUGGCAUUGGGGUUACCCCUUUUGCAUCAAUCCUCAAAUCUGUGUGGUACAAGUACUGCAAUAAUGCCAUGGACCUAACACUCAAAAAGAUCUAUUUUUAUUGGCUCUGCCGAGAUACCCAUGCCUUUGAAUGGUUUGCUGAUCUCUUGCAAUCAGUAGAGACUCAAACGCAAGAAAAGAAUCAGACAGAUUUUCUCAGCUACAACAUCUAUCUUACUGGCUGGGAUGAAUCUCAGGCGACUCAUUUUACAAUGCAUCAUGAGGAAGAGAAAGAUGUGAUUACAGGCUUGAAGCAGAAAACUCAGUAUGGAAGACCAAAUUGGGAAAAUGAGUUCAAAACAAUUGCAGGCCAACAUCCAAAUUCCAGGGUUGGUGUUUUCCUAUGUGGACCUGAAGCCUUGGCUGAAACUCUAAAUAAAAUGUGCAUUAAUAAUUCAGAAGCUGAUCCAAGAGGCAUACACUUUAUAUUCAACAAAGAAAAUUUCUGAAGACAUACUUACAAAAUUUAAUUCAGCCAUGGUGAAUUAAUUGCAAUUAAUGAAAAA